UUGGAACUCCAUGAAGUCCGUUGAAUGAAAUUGGACAGUAAACUUCAUUCAUUUAACUGCAAAAAGGGAAAUCGAAAACGGUUUUCAAAAUAUUGCUUGAAAGCUAAAUUAGCAAGGUUCGCCAGCUGCUUGAGAGCGAGUGCUCUUGUCUGCAGCUGCUAAAAGUGUGUAUGUUUGAGUGAGCAGCCUCCAACAGCCAUGUCGGUAUCGGUGAUCAUUAAGUGGGGUGGCCAGGAGUACUCCAUCAGCUCUCUGUCUGAGGAGGACACAGUGCUGGACCUUAAACAAUCGAUUAAGACCUUGACUGGUGUGCUGCCAGAGAGACAGAAAUUGCUGGGACUAAAGGUCAAAGGUAAGCCAGCUGAGGAUGAGGUGAAGCUUGGCUCUCUGAAGCUGAAGCCUAACACCAAGAUCAUGAUGAUGGGCACCAGAGAGGAGAGUCUGGAAGAUGUUUUAGCCCCUCCUCCAGAGAAUGAUGAUGUGGUGAAUGAUUUCGACAUUGAGGAGGAGGUCAUUGAAGUAGAGAACAGAGAGGAGAACCUAGCUAAAAUAGCUAGAAGAGUGAAAGACUAUAAGGUGGACGAGCUAAAUCCUCCCAGAGAGGGCAAGAGGCUUCUGGUGCUGGAUGUGGACUACACACUGUUUGAUCACAAGUCUUGUGCAGAGACGGGUCAAGAGUUGAUGAGGCCAUUCCUCCACGAGUUUCUGACCUCUGCUUAUGAGGACUAUGACAUUGUCAUCUGGUCUGCCACAAGUAUGAAGUGGAUUGAUGCCAAGAUGAAAGAACUUGGAGUGACGGACAACCCCAACUACAAGAUCGCAUUCAUGCUGGAUAGUGCAGCCAUGAUCACGGUGCACACUCCCAAGAGAGGAGUGGUGGAGGUGAAGCCUUUAGGUGUGAUCUGGGGGAAGUAUGGUGAGUUCUACAGUAGGAAGAACACCAUCAUGUUUGACGACAUCGGACGGAACUUCCUCAUGAAUCCACAGAACGGCCUGAAGAUACGACCCUUUAUGAAGGCUCAUCUGAACAGAGAAAGGGACAGGGAGCUGUAUAAACUAGCCCAGUACCUCAAAGAGAUCGCCAAGCUUGAAGACUUCACUGGACUCAACCACAAACACUGGGAGAGGUUCUUGUCUAAGAGGCACAGCCAUUGAAAGAGGACCACUCUGACAGACUUCAAGGAUAAGUUGAUGUUGUAGCCCCAUCACAUAUUCUACACACAUUUCACAAUUAUAACUACUCCGCAACAACCAACAGACCCGCAACAACUCAGGACUGGGAUGCUCUACCCUAUUUAUAUACCUGCAUGUUUGGUGUCUAACUGUACACACACCACACACACACACACACACACACGGGCUGUCGAAAUUGGCCAAAAAUGACGUUUGGUUAUUCCUUCUAAAAAAAACAAAAACACAUGGGUUCGAACCCAUUCAGAUGUAUUUUUGCGCAUUCAGAUGACGGAUGGAUGGCAAACCAAUACAACGACAGACAUAACUACUUGUAUAGGUAUAUUUAUUUCAACGUAAUCAUGUCUUUUAAAAGACCUACAUACCUACACAUUACAAAAUAAACAAAUGAAAUAUUGUCCUAUAUUGUAAAACUUCAUUUAAAGACCAUAGACC